UAUUAUAUCACACACGUCACCGCCCCCUCCUGUCUUCCUCCCUUCCUCCUUUCCCCAUUUGCUUCCUCCUCCUCCUCUUCCCCUAUCCUCUCUUCGAUUCCGUCCGAAUUCCAAUCUGCGGGGAGCGGCGACGAGCUAGAGGGUGGUCGGAUCCGUGGCAUGGAGAUCUCGUUCGAGGCGUGGGAGGGCGUGCAGCGGCACGGCCAGGACAUCGCGGACCGCCUCGCGCAGGGGUUCACGGGUCUUCUCCAGGCGCAGCCGCCGCAGUUCCCGUGGCCGGCGGCGUCGCACAAGCGGAUUCCGUUCGAGAUCGAUAUCCCCGUGGUCCCCUUCGCCGCCCGCGGUGCUGGGGCGGGGAAGGAGUUCCUCCCCGCCGCGGCCGUCGCCUCCGUCAUCGACAUCGGCGGGAGGCUUGGGCAGGCUGGCGUGGAGAUUGGGGCUUCUGUCGGUGGGGCCGUGCAGCACGCGGUGCGCCAGCUGCCCCUGCCGUUUCGGAACGGCCAGAUCCGGCGCCGCAAGGUGCCGCCGCCGCAGGCGCCCUCGCCGCCGGCUGCUGUGGGCGAGGGGGCCGUGGGUCUCUCGGUAGAGAGGGCUGUUGAUAGGUGCCCUCUUGAGGCAGCGGCGGCGGCUGCUGCCGCCGCGACCGGUAGCGCGGCAGCCUCCUCAGUCACUGGUGCUGUGGGCGGAGAUGACUUGGACGAGGAAGAUGAGGGAUUUGGCUGUGAAAUUGGGACUUUUGGAAACUUUAAGAAGGCUAAGGGUACAGUAAAUAUCUCGGCAGCAUACAAUACCAGGAACCAUGACAUUGAAAGUUCUGUUGUUGCACGUGGAGACCUUUGGAGGCUGGAGGCUUCACGCGGCAGUUCAACUUCUGGAAAUGAUAGCUCGCCUUUAUACCUUGUUCAGUUGGGACCGUUACUGUUUGUUCGAGAUUCUACACUUCUUUUGCCUGUUCAUCUAUCAAAGCAGCAUCUGCUUUGGUAUGGUUAUGAUCGCAAGAAUGGAGUCCAUUCUCUCUGCCCUGCUAUUUGGUCAAAACAUCGGAAAUGGCUGAUGAUGUCAAUGAUGUGUCUCAAUCCAGUAACUUGUUCCUUCAUGGACCUGCAGUUCCCCAAUGGACAGCUAACAUAUGUUGCCGGUGAGGGGAUAACAGCGAGUGGUUUUCUUCCAUUAUUUGGUGGGUUGCUUCAAGCUCAAGGGAAAUACCCAGGAGAAACUAGAGUCAGCUUCUCUUGCAAGAAUAAGCAAGGCACCAGGUUCACCCCUAUGUUUCAAUGGCCUGACAAGUCUCUAUCAUUUGGAGUUACUCAAGCCUUAGCAUGGAAAAGAUCAGGUCUUAUGGUGAGGCCCAGUGUGCAAGUCAGUUUAUGCCCAACAUUUGGAGGAAAUGACCCUGGGGUACGUGCAGAGGUUAUCCAUUCAUUGAAAGAGGAAUUGAAUGUAAUGUGUGGUUUGUCUUGCUCACGACAUCCAUCAGCCUUUACUGCCCUUUCUAUUGGGAGAUCCAAAUGGAAUGGUCAAAUGGGAAGUUCCGGAGUUGUUGUUACCUUGGAAACACCCCUUAAUAACAUUGGAAGGCCAUCUUUAUCAGUUCAAUUGAAUGGUGGUUUUGAAAUAUAACGUUCUGCACAGUAUUUUGUACAUACAACUGUACAUAGCCCCUACUAAUGUCCAUGUUCUAUUCCUGUGGAGAUGGUUGCGCAGCCUAUGAAUGGUAUCUGGAAAUGGGUUUCUGCUCGUUUUUGUUAUCAUAGUUGUUAAGUCUCAGCUUAACAAAUCAACUGGUUUAUUCCCCGUGCCAACAAAGGCAUUCAUUAAACCUUUCAAGAGAUAGUGAACAAGUGUGUAGGCAGCUCAGGAAGCUGUGAGAUCAGCACUAAUCACUUUCUGGAAGUUGGUAAAAGGAAAAUGCUAUGAGGUGUUUGUGGCCAUGCAAAAAGCCAAGACGAAUGUGGCUACGCAAGAAGCCGAAGAUGUUCACCCAGAAGCUUUAUAUUCCUUUGGAACCAAGACUGACCAUACUUGAUAAUUGCCGAGAACGAAUUACUUGCUGGCUUUGCAACUUGUGCUGGACUUUAUUCUCCAUCGUAAUUGGUCUGUUGGACAAUCAGAUUGUUGAGACAACUUUGAUGGAGGAAUUGGUGUGCCUUUUCCCCCUGCACUCUUGUAUUCUUCAUGUAAAGACUCGUGAUCAAUGAAUGUAAGAAAUGCUGCUGGGAUGGGAUUGAGGGCCUGUCCUGGUGGCACUGUCAAACUACACAUUGUUUCGUAUGCAUGCCGAGAGUAACUGCUGUUUCCACGUCAUA